CCUCCAGACUGUCACAAGCAGCCAUUCAGCCUUCCUGCCGAGGAGACCAGCAGCAUCCUCCACCAGGGCCUCCGAGCCUCUUUGCAGCCUCUUCAGUCAUGAUGUCGUUGAGAUGGCCAGCGCCGAUUCUGUUGGUUUCACUGAUCUGUCUUUACGGGAUGCCUUCCUGUGCCUCGCCACCGAACCAAGUCGCUAUCUACCCCAAUCAUCACAUCAUCAAGAGAGACUUACCUCCUAACAGUCGAGCCCAAGCUGAUAAAAUCUUAAGUGUUGCAACAACCUCUCUGUCUCUAUUUAAAGAGGUGAUGGGCAAGAUUGACACAGAGAAAGUGACAGGUAUUAUGAAAGGCCUUGCCAGCUUUGCCAGCCUGGCACCCGGUAUUGGAUCCGUGAUCUCCUCUGUCAUCAGCACAGUCUUGAUUUUUAUCCCUCAAGAGGAUAAGGUGCUGAAGGAGAUGAAGAAAGGGUUUGAGGAGGUGAACUGGAAGCUUAGCUAUAUCUCAAUGCAGAUAUCUGAUCUUGAAAAAGAUUUGAAAUACUACAGCUACGCCACUGCCCUACUUAGACACGAGGAAAAUAUCAUCAGUGCCUGGACAAAGUUUGAUGAUUUCUUUAUGAAGCAUGUAUUUGACAACGACAAUGACAAGUUGGACAAACUCUUUAUCGAGUUCUAUCUGAACACACAUAUUGAGAACAGUGUACGCAGCCUUUACCGUUCCCUAACAGUUCCAGCCUGGCAGACGUCUCUCGCCAGCAACUUCAACGAACUGUUGAAAGAGAAGUUUAAAUGUGACAUUAGAAAGAUAGGAAAAUAUCACUUACAUUUAAGCACUUUGCUGUUUAAGGGGAUGGUACUUCAGCAGUUUUACAAUAGAAAGAGAGGUCUUAACGCACUUGAUAUAGAAACUAGUCUUGCCCAGCAGUUCAAGACUGUCUUUGAGGCUCAAAAGGCCACUUUGGAAUACUGCGAGAAUAACUAUGAAAAAUACCUUAGGGAUGACGUGGAGCAGAUUGCUAGAGAACUCCAUCUUGACGAGAAGAAAGCAAUCGCUGAAAAGGUGAAAAGGAAUCUGGAUGAGAAGUAUAGUUGGUAUAAUUGGGUGGUGUUUGUAUGCACCAAAGAUGACUUAGAAAAGAAAAAUGUAAUUCUGUUUAAUCCGAUUGCAAUCACAAUAGACAAUAUCAUAGUGGCUGUAUUCUACACUCUAAAAGCAGAGAUAACAAAUAAAAAUGAAAUUACACGAACAGUAGAUAACUGCUUUCAAAGCGAUAGUAAUUGUGAACUUCCAUGCAAGCAUAGCUGGUGGCCCGAAGCUUGGGGUGGUGAUAGCGAGACUAUUCAUAUAACCCUUGAAGAUUAUGCCAAAGUAACACAUGGCACAUAUUAUGAUAAUUCUGAUGUGGCCCCGAAACCAGAUUACCAAAAGUCGUGUAUAUAUGGCUAUAGGUAUAUAAUUUCUGUGUAUUACUCUCGAAUGCUACCAGUUGGUUGUAACAACUGUUCUGACAAAGGACAGUGCAUAAGGGUGCUAAACUCCAACGAAUGGCGUUGUGACUGUCAAGAUGGCUAUUAUGGAGACACAUGUGAAAGUGAAAUCGACACAACAGUGACCAAUAAGAUUAAUGAAUUGUUGAACACCAGUGAAGGCGAACUUGAAUAAUUCAUGAAACAAGCAGAAAUUAAUUUGAAGUAGCCUAAUUAACUAUUUUGAAUUUAAAUACAUUUGCAUACCAUUUAUUCAUUUGAUAGACGCGUUCAUCCAAAGCGAGUUACAGCAACAUUUAAGCUAUUAACAUUUAAAAACAUUUAAGCUAUACAGCUAGCAAUUUAAGAGCAUUUAAGCUACAACAUGUUUAAGCUAGAGCUAUACAGCAAUAGGCUAUAAGAGCAUUUAAGCUAUUAACAUUUAAGCAUUUUAACAGAACUACAGCUACAGCAGUGGUACAACAUUUAAGUUGUGCUGAAAUCAGCUAGAAAUCACCUCAGCAUCUGGAGGAUAGAUUCAACUUUAUUUCCAUUGUACAGAGUAUAAGUACAAAGACAAUGAUAUGCAGGCUGCGUCUAACCAGAAGUGCACAAAAGGAAAGUGCAAUGUAAUACAAGUACACAGGAUAGUGUAGACAGUAGCAUGCAAAGGGUGGUUUAGAGUAAUAUUAACUAAAUAUAAAUAUGUGCAGUGUAUUAGCAGUUGAGAGCAGAAUAAAUUUGGCUAUGUAAUAUGAACAAUGAAUGAAAGUAUGUCCUACCUUGUGAUCUCUUGAUGCAUUUCUGUUGUUAUCACAUAGGCCUCUGUCUAAAAUAAUUGAAAACGAAUA